AUGUCGGAGGACAACCAAGAUUUAGCUCUGUCAGCAGUACUGGCGGAUGCGUCGUCGCCAGAGCCUUUGCAGCAGGUCUCUGGCCAUAUUCGCCAGAGCAUCUAUCAAGAUUACUACUUUGAUCAGAAAGUAGACCACUUUGGGCUGCGUGACAACUCCACGUUCAAGCAGCGCUUCUACAUCAAUAGAGCUUCAUACGUUCCUGGAGGGCCAAUCUACCUGUUUAAUAGCGGAGAAACCCCGGCUUUACCCUCGUAUCUGACCGGCGGUCAGCCUUAUAUGUUAGCAAAAGCAACUGGUGGCAUGCUCAUCAUCAUGGAGCACCGGUACUACGGCACGUCGUAUCCAGUCAGCGACAUGUCCGGGCCCAACAUGUUAUACCUGACAAUUGAAAACUCGUUGGAGGACAUUGCACACUUUGUGCGCAACGCGCCAAAGUUUGUCAAGGACACUAUUGGCGUAACCAUUAGCCCGCAGUCCAAGUGGGUGGCCACUGGCGGCUCGUAUUCGGCCAACAUUGCCGUUUGGUUAAGGCAAAAAUACCCAGAGUUGUUCCACGCAGCGUAUGCGAGCUCUGCGCCAAUACUCGCACUUGCCGACUUUUACCAGUAUGAUCAGGUUGUCGGGCGCGCACUUCCCUGCGCCCAGAACAUCUCCGAUGCGAUUGUCACCCUGGAUUCCAUUUUGGACAGCAAAAACGAGUUGCUGAUCUACAGAUGGAAGCAAGCAUUUGGCCUGGAAGCGCUCAGUGACAACUCGGACUUUGCC